UUAUCUCGGGAUUUCUUUUUAUUUGCUACCCGGAAGCAAAAGGAAACAUAUAAACAUGGAUAUCGGAGAAAUUUGUUUAUGGAUUUUAUCAUUAUGUGCAUUAGGGUUUUUUCAAGAAAAUGAAAACGGCACCUAUUACCAAGGUAUCGAUACGAACAAUACAUUAAUGAAUUGGUAUGAGGCCCAGAAUUACUGCCAAAGUCUUAAUUCAUCUCUUGUCGAUCCCUUUGAAUAUGAAAUCUCUGUGAAUGGCAGUUUUUGGACAAACAGACAUUUGGCGAAAUAUUCGUCCUGGAUCUAUAUCAAGGGCUGUAUUGAUACUUCCUCCUUGAACUUCAUUGGUAGAGUAGUAUCCUCCCUCGGCCAAUGUGACAGUUUGUGUACCCACACGUCAUUCUUUGGGAUCCAGAAUUCUACAUGCAUUUGUCUUGACUCAGACGAGUUUGUUGUCAGAAAAACUUGCAACGCUGAUUGUUUGAAAGAUUUUUCGCCACUUGAACAGUGUGAAAGUAAAACAGAUAUAAUGACGCUUUAUGGAAAAUUUACAGUUUUGAAAUUGGCGGCAUGGGAUAUUUGCAUUCUGCCUAGUGGUUCAUCUACUUCAAAGUCACAGGGAACACGAAACAAGUUAGAGAAAGAAAUCAAAGUUACACUGCCCCACAUUUUGUGA